UGGUUUUCUAUGGUAGCUCUUCAUCUUGUAGUGCAUAUGCUGAGAAAGAUGUGAGAGUGUCAUUGUCAUGGCAUAGUGCAUACUAGUACAAAGUCUAGGAGGGAGUGUGAGAGCUAAGAAAGAAAAGCUCACUCAUCAGAGGAACAAACAAUUAUUUAGCAUCAGUUCAGAAGGCCGGUGUGCAUAAUAACUUCCUCUGACAUCACAAUGUCCGUUAUGCGGCCUUCAUUAUUGCGUAGAGGAGUGCAAGCUCUUACGCCACAUCUGUAUCGGUCAAGCGGGGCGGGUGCUCCCAUUGGACUAUCACGUACGGGCUUGAUCCGACAGUUGUCGGCUGCGGCCCCGCCCGUACCUCCUAGCCAUCCCGUAUGGAAGUUGGGUCGAUUGAACCAUGUAGCCAUUGCCACACCCAAUCUUGAGCAGUCCAUCAGUCUGUACCGUGAUGUCAUGGGUGCGGAGGUCAGUCAACCCGAGGAUUUGCCGGAUCAUGGCGUGACCGUGGUGUUUGUAGCCUUGGAUAAUACCAAGAUCGAGCUCCUUUAUCCCUUGGGCGAAAAGUCGCCCAUUGCCAGCUUCCUCAGUAAAAACACUAAUGGUGGUAUUCAUCAUGUCUGCAUUGAAGUGAAUGAUAUCGAAUCCGCUGUGUCUGAUCUCAAGGCUAAAAGGAUCCGAUGUCUCUCUGAACAAACACGUAUCGGGGCUCAUGGCAAGCCCGUAAUGUUCCUACAUCCUAAGGAUUGUUCGGGAGUUCUAGUUGAAUUAGAACAGGCUUGAAAUACACGAAGAUAAUCUCAAACUCA